GUACGAGUUUUCACUGUCGAAGUGCCUGACCUGCCGGAACCGUAGCUAUAAUGACUAGGCGCUCUGUGGUCCAAUCUCGAGCUUGGUGCGAGGCUGUGGCGCGAUAUCCGACUACCGCAAAAAAAGGGCGAGAAAGUUUCGUACUUUCGCGGCUUCCAGUACGCAUGCGUGAGGCAGAAAAUCGCGCGCCAAAACUAAAGUCUAUUCAGCCAAACGUUCCGAUGCCGACACCGCGUUGUUGUAAACAUCAUCCGCUUUCGACGAGUCCUACUGAGUCCUGCCGUUAUGAGCCGUCAUCUGCCCGCGUUUAGUUACACACGUCUUCUAUGAAGGUUCUCGUGUAUGGAAGGUUGACAUGUCGCAACACGGAGCUGCAUUGCAAACGUAUAAUCAAGAGCUCGUCAAAUGUUUGGAAGAGAUGAAGCUAAGGCGAGCAGAACUCCAAGAUCAGAUAGAAUCUCAGGAAGAGGAGAAGAACAACUUGCAAUGCGAAAUCGAAAAGCUAUCGUGUAAGCUUACACAAUUAAAUGAUAGCUUGGCAAAAAGAAUAACAGUCAGAAACGAAUAUGACAGAACUAUUGCCGAUACCGAGGCGGCAUACGUGAAGAUUUUAGAAAGUUCCCAAUUAUUACUUAAUAUGAUAAAAAAAGAAGCUGUGUGUCUGGAUCAGACUUUAAUAAAAGCCAAUAUUAAUAAGCAGCAGUACUGAUAAAAUACAAAUCUCAGAAAAGAAUUCGACAAAAAAUUGUGAGGGACCAGAUCUCUAGAAAAUGUAUUUAUUAAAUUAUCAAUGAAUACAUUAUCACAAAGGUAUAGUAAUUAACAAGUACAAAAUUGUAAAUAUAUAGACUUUUAGAACAUACAAGUUUUUUAUAGCCUCUGCAAAAUUUAUUAACUGUACAAACGCAUAAUGUUAAUAUAUAUUAAUUAUGUUAGUUGAUUAUUUUAUUAAAAUAAUAUUAAGUCAUAGAUUUCAGUCUACGUGUGUGUAAUAUAACAUAACAAUUUAACAGAAUAAUCCUAUUUUCAAACUUAAGCAAUAAAUACAUAUUUAGUGCAUAAUUUAUUAUAAUUGUAAUUAUAAAUACUAGUAGCAGAAUUAUAUUAUUUAAAUGCAUUGCUUCAAUGUGUCUAAAAAUUUGACUUAUAUGAUAAUACUAAUGUCUAAAAGCUUAGAGGAUAUUAUAUAUUUAAAGAAUGCUAUAGAACAAAAUCUAUUCUAGAAAAAUUACAUAUUUUUACAAGAAAUUGAACGUUUUCACAUAAUUAUAAUUUUACAUUAUAUCUCAUUUUCUUUCAUAUAUAUCGAGCUAUAUGUGUGUACGUAUAUCUCAAUUGUAUUAUAAUUUUAAAUAUUUUUGCUGAGAUAUUGUAAUGCUUUAUUUUUUAGUCUUAAUUGGAAACCAUGUCUAAAUCCAUAUAAUACUAUCCAUAUAUUAUGAAAUUUUUUUGCAUAUUCUAAAUAGAUUUAAGCAUUUCCCAAAGCUUUCUGCUCGUUCCAUAUUUGUAGAAGUUCACUUGAAUCUUCAUACCCAUGAGACGUUAUGACAUACUUGUAACUAUAUUUUGUAUAAGCUUUUUUAUAAAAAUGAAACUCUUCACAA